AUGAUUCCUGCUGAAAGGGCUGAAACUCGAGACUUCCUGUUAGACAAGAUGCCCGCGUAUGUUUGCCGCUUUCCAGACGCGUCUCGUCCGCUGACCAACUUGCACUGCAGCCCGGGCGAUCAGCACAGCAUCGUGGUGAACCCUUUCGAGGAGCCCCAGAAGCGAAUGAGCGAGUACACUGCCCAGGAAAUUGCCACUUUGCAAAGUCGUCUCGAGAAGCAGCUUGGUCCCGAGUACAUAUCCGCUCGCUCCGGUCCCUCGGGCCAGAAGGUCCACUACAUCACCGCAGAGAAGUGCAUCGCCCUCGCCAAUGAGGUGUUCGGCUUCAAUGGCUGGUCGUCAUCUAUUCAGAACAUCCAAGUCGACUUUGUCGAUGAACACCCGCAGACGAUGAAGAUCAGCCUCGGGCUCUCCGUCAUUGUCAGGGUGACGCUGCGCGACGGCACGUUUCACGAGGACAUUGGUUACGGACACAUUGAGAACUGCAAGGGAAAGGCGGCGGCGUUUGAAAAGGCCAAGAAGGAGGGCACGACGGAUGCACUGAAGAGGGCGUUGCGGAAUUUUGGCAACGUGCUGGGUAACUGCAUAUACGACAAGGAUUACCUCUCCAAGGUGACCAAGAUGAAGGUUGCGCCAACAAAAUUCCACGAGAACGACUUGCACAGACAGCGUGACUUUGCUAUCAAGAAGGUGGAGGAGGAGAAGGCACCGCCGGUGAAACUAGAGACUAUGGAAUCGCUAGAGGAUCUCCUAGGCGAAGACGACUUUGACGACGCGGACUUUGCCAUUUCCGAAGGCGAUCAUCCUGACGAAGUGGUUCUCCCACCAACAACAAACAAUCAUUCGAACGGCAGGGCAGCGAGUGUUGCGCCAGCACCGGUACCUCAGCACAUGCAAGCACCGUCUCGGCAAAUGGGCAGGAGCACAUCAGCAGGGAACCUGGGAAACCAGGGGAAUCAGCGAGCACCCCAGACACCAAAUCAAGCACAUUCACGACCAGGCCCUCCAAUGGGCUACGGCAACCGACCACAAGCACCAAAUCAACCGCGCGCGCCCACGAACCCAUCAGCCCCAUCCGCUCCGCCCGCUCCCCAAACCAACGCCAACAUGACCACGCCGGGCCAGGCCGGCAACGCCGCCGAGCCUGUCGGCUUCUUCUCUGCACGUGCUGUACAGCAAAUCCCAGAAUCUGCUUUGCAGGGGAACAAUGCUGACGCCCCUAUGUUGCUGCCAGCCGGCCAACAAGCCUUCAAUCCAAAGGCAGAGAGCCCAUCCAUACGAAAGACCCCCGGCAUAGAUCACUCCUCCUCGAAGCCGCUUUCCAGGUCUGGCCAGCACGUACCGCCCACCGCAUCGCAGCAGCCAUCCACGUCGGGUUUCACGCCGGUGAGACCGGGUAACGCCGGCCCUGGAGGAGGGGCUGGCAUGCCUCACCCUCAAUUCAGUCAGACUCGCCGAAUCGGAGCUCCCGGGGGCGCCAGCAGUCCCUUGGCCAACCGGAACUCCUAUCGACCGCCGACCAUGAAGCGUCCUUUACAACAGCAGGACGGCGCCGGAAGACCGCCCCUGGCUGAUGUGUCGAACAACGGGACAUCGGGCAACCCCUCUGGCGCGACGGCGGCGGAUCCCAAACGCCAGAAAGUGGCUUAA